AUGGCUCGCUGCGCGGCGCUCGCGCUGGCGCUCACCAGCGGCGCGCUGGCACUGCCCUCUUCCUGCGACGUGUCCUCCGUGGGCGCGGGCUGGGCCGGGGUUUACUUUGCCUUCCGCCAGGCCUUGGCUGGCCGCAAGGUGUGCAUCUUCGAGGCCUCGGAACGAGUGGGCGGCAGGACCUACUCCCACCGCCUCACCGCGGGCGCGAAGACGGAGAGCUUCACGUUGGAUGUGGGCGCCUACCGCUUCUCCCCGGAUAUGCACCUGCCGGGGGAUGUGAUCCUCAAGGUGCUGGGUCUGAAGACCGCGUGCUACGAGCCCGGCUGCCCGCCGGCGGACCAGGACUUCCCCGCUCCUUUCCACUUCAACUACUCCGCCCCACUGCGGCGUAUCGUGGAUGAGGAAGGUAUGCCGGCGGGAUACCUAACCGCCAUCGAGGGCAUGCUGAAUAUCAUCUUGGCGGCAGGCGGACAGCUGGUCAUGGGCGCCAACCUCACGGACCUGCAGGCGCUCCCGGCGGGCGGCGCCAGGCUGGUCUUCGGGAAGCAGGACGUGGUCACCAAGCAGGUGAUGCUGAAUCUGCCGCGGGCGCCCUUCCUGGCGUUGCCCUCCCUGCGAGCGGCGGUGCCGAAGCGCACGGUGACGAUGGCGGAGUGUGUGAAGUUCGACUUGCCCAGCGCCUUCUUCCCCCCGGGGAAGUUCUCCCUGGGCCGUUCCCUGACCAAGGCCUACGCCUUCUACGAGGACGCCUGGUGGCACAACUCGCUGAACCAAACCUCCGGCCAGUGCCCCGAGAACGCCUUCGAGCCCGUGAACACCAGCGAAGGCAUCCCCAUCGGCAUCCACUUCAACGAUGGCCCCGUGCGCUGCGAUGCGCCGCUCAAGGGCUGCCGUGGUUUCCUGGAGGUCUACUACUCCACCGUUCUGGAGGAGACUUCUUCGAGGACCUGA